AUGGCACGUGCACGACAUGUUGUGGUUCUUGCUCUUGUCAUGUUCGCCAUCAUUGGCUUGGCCUGUGCUACCGAGGCACCCAAACCCUCUGCCGAUGACUAUGAAGAUGAUGAUAAUGAGUAUUUGACUGGAACCCGCAGCGGUGACGCUCCUUCACCAGACGGUGUUAUUGCCGCACCCAUCGGUGGACCCGUUCCUCCCGGUGCUUUUGAUACUCCACCUUCUACACCUAGUGCUGCCUCUUCUUCCCUCCAACAUGUCUCCGCCGUCGCCGGAGCUGCCACCGCCACUCUCGCUGGCUUCUUCUACUUCUGA